ACAAUUAAUUAUCUUUGUGUUUAAAGAUGAUUAAACUUUAAUACAGCAAUCAGAAAACGGUACAUAAGCGCAUAGACCCGCACAGAUGUAUAGAAAAAGCAGCAUGACUCCUGGGUUGCAGGGAAUGACCACAGAUUCCGUAGAAACGCUAAAAUGGAUCCCGUGGUUCACGUCCUUGGAAGGUCAUGAGUUCCUUUUACAGAUUGAGGAAUCCUUCAUAAAGGACCAGUAUAAUCUGGGCGUUUUAAAGAACAUGAGGAACUACGAAAGCGCCAUGAAAAUGAUACUGGGACCAGCUCCUACUGAGGAAGUUUUCAUGGACAGCAAGUUCCUGGAAGUCUACAUGAAUGCUACCGACCUGUAUGGAUUGUUGCACUCGCGGUACAUCACGACUCCAACUGGCCUUAUGCUCAUGAAGGAAAAGUACCAGAAUGGAGUAUUUGGUCACUGUCCGAGAGUCAAGUGUCAGAGGCAGAACGUCUUGCCUUUGGGAUUUAGCGAUAACCUUCACAACCACAGGAUCAAGACCUACUGUCCCAGAUGCCAGGAAGCGUAUGCAGUGAGAACUUCGGAGAUAAACGCAGACAUUGACGGGGCGUUUUUCGGAAGAUCAUUUCCUCACCUAUUUCUACUCACCUUCCCGCAUCUACUGCCUGACGGACAGCCGGCUCCUUAUGUUCCAAAGAUUUUUGGUUUCAAGGUUCAUAAUAUAAGUUCUUUGGUGCAAAUUAAGCUUGAGAAUGGCGAAUUUGGCAAGAGCAGCUGCGUAUCGCAAGAUAAUAAUAUCAGAGUAGAUUCUGUAAACUAGUUCUUUGUGU